GUUCUCGCUUUGAGAGAUAAUAGUUCUCGCCUGAGCUUGCUUCAACCUAAUCGCAUGGAUUCACUGUCACACUGGGCCACUUCGAAGGUGUUCCUUGCCUGCCAAUUCCUUGCCCACAUGAUGAUAGCAAAGCUCCUCUUGUUGGUCUCACAAAUUCAGAAAACAGUGGCCAUCAACCGCGAAAGCAAGCUUCUCUAAAAUCAACAAACAGAAAAACAUCGCCAUGUCGAAACUCAUUGCCUCCGAUCCUUCAAUCACCUCUCCCACCACGGGUGGUUCCGCUCAUGGAAGCACUGGCCUUGGCAACAGCUCUCGUCGUUCCGGAAUGGAGUCGUCAGUCCUCCGCUUCAAAAACGUCAAUUUUGUUGCUGGAAAAGGCAAGAACGAAAAGCACAUCCUCAGGGAUGUAAGCGGAAGGGUUAGCUGGGGCCAUGUGCUGGCCAUUAUGGGCCCUUCUGGUGCUGGAAAAACAACCUUGAUCAGUUCACUGACUCUGGAUGCUCAUUAUGGCACUCCAUCUGGAGCCGUCACCCUCAAUGGUGUUCCUCUCACCGACAACAUCUUUAAGAAGCAUUGUUAUGUGGUAAAGCAACAUGACAAGCAUUGGCCCUACUUGACAGCCCGCGAGUCUCUUCUUUAUGCUGCUGAUCUCUUUGAGGUUGCCGACAAGAGUGAUAUCCCUGCCAUUGUCGAUGAUAUCAUCCAUAAGAUGGGUCUUGACAUCUGUGCUGAUACCCGAUGUGCUCGCCUUAGCGGAGGACAAGCCCGCCGACUAUCCAUUGCAAUGGCUCUCUUGAAGCAGCCUACGUUGCUUUUCUUGGAUGAACCUACCUCUGGACUGGAUGCUGCAGCAGCAGAAAACAUUAUGAAAGAGAUUGUCCGGGUUGCCAAAGAUGAAAGAAUCAUCAUUGUGUGCACGAUUCAUCAGCCAUCCACCAAGGUCUACAAUGGUUUUGACCAAUUGAUGAUCAUGUCCAAAGGUCGCGAGGUGUUUGCUGGCGAUGUUGCUGAUUCCAUUCCCUACUUUGAAAGCAUUGGCCACCCUUGCCCACCUGAUACGAACCCCGCCGAAUACUUCCUUGACCUGGCCAAUGCCGAUUUCAGUGAUGACAAGGCGGUCGAGUACUUGCUAGACACGUGGGAAGAAAGAAAGCCUGGUGCUGGACACUCGUCUCAUCAUGGCAAAUCAUGGGAUGACGAUGACGGCCAAGAGGGUGUGACGAGCUAUGCUGGCACAAGCUUCUUCAAGGAGAUGGGUAUCAUGAUGAAACGUCAUGCUACUCUGAUCAUCCGCGAUCCCAUCCUCUAUCUUGGCAGGUGCGCAGCAGGACUCUUGGCAAACAUUUUCUUCGCGUUUGUCUACUGGAAUGCACGGGUUUACGAGCAGGAACAGGUGCUCAACAAGAUGUGGGUCAUCAUUUGGUUUAGUGGUGUCAUCACAAACAUGGCUGUUGUCGCCGUGUAUGCGCUCAAUGACGAAUUCAAGUCAAUCGUCCGCGAAGCAAAGAAUGGCAUGGUCACAGGUUUCACUUAUGUCAUGGCAAAGAACGUAUUGACGCUUCCCUUCAUCCUCCUCCUUUCGGUUUGCUGCCUUGGCAUUCCUGGCUUCGUUAUCAUGGAUUUUCCCGCCGAAGGUGCCAAAAUGUACUUCUUCCUCUUUGCGGCCAUGCUAUUUGUCUUCGAGUCUGUGUCCGAAUUCUUCUCUAUCCUGUUCGACGACCCAAUCCUUGGAAUGCUUCAAUUGAUGAACUUUUGGUUCGCAUCAUUCCUGUUUGGAGGGUUCGUCAUCCCCUUGGACGACAUGUACUACCCCUGGACCAUCUUCUACUACAUCAUGCCCUUUUCGUACUUUGUGCGCAGCGCCCUCUACGAAACCCUCUCCCAUGCCACCUUUGCAACUUGUGAAGUUGGAACCCAAUCUGCAGUUUGCAUCCAGGAAGAGACCCCCGGUGCCGGAGUACCAGGCAUUGAGGUUCUUCGAGCAUUCGAGCGAGUCAUGCCGAUUGCCGAGGCAGAAGACAACACUGUUCGUGAUACGUUGAUUCUGAUUGGCAUUGGUUUGGCUUUCAAGCUUCUUUACACAGUCGGCGUCAUUCUCAAAACUCGCCGCGUCGCCAAGAUUCAACAAACCGCCGUGCAUUCCUAUACAAGCAGCAGCAAGAAGAGCAAUGUCUCGUCUGGUUCCAUCAAGUCUAAAAAGAACGUUGCCACCAGAACCCAAAAACCGAUGAUUCCUGAUGUUGUUUCUUCCCAAGCAGCUGUCGGGCUACCCGCAGAAGUGUACAGUCAGGAAAUUGAAGUCUAAACGCCAGCGGCGAUGAAUGGCUUUGGCUAGGAUCGCUCUUUGCCGACGGAUGAAUGAUUCCUGGCAGAUUUGUGUCUUGUUUGUUGCAUAUAUCCAGUCUGUUGCGCUCUCCAGCCCUUCCCUGUUGGAGCUAACGAGUCUAUUUCAAGGUUCCCGCAGCUGCCCCUCGAUGGAGGCAUUCCACCUACAUGUAUCGAUGUCCGAUUUUUCAUGCUAGUCAAAAAAGAUAAACUUAGUUUCUUGCUCACAUCUUUU